AAAGGAAACAGUAUUUUAUCCACAUAGAAGCCAAUAAAGUCCAGCAGCAGCAGAACCAACGCAAAACGCCACAUCAAUCAACCAACCCCAAAAUUGGUGGGCUAUUUAUAUUGUUGGGGUAAAGUAUAAAUAUGGCAAGAGAGAAGAUUCAGAUCAAGAAAAUCGACAACACCUCGGCCCGGCAGGUUACUUUUUCCAAAAGAAGAAAAGGACUCUUAAAGAAAGCCAAAGAACUCUCAGUUCUUUGUGAUGCUGAUGUUGCUCUCAUCAUCUUCUCCUCCACAGGGAAGCUCUUUGAGUUUGCCAGCUCCAGCAUGAAGGACAUACUUGAAAAGCAUGAUUUGCACACAAAGAACCUGGAGAAGUUGGAGCAAUCAUCUCUUGAACUUCAGAACGAGGGAAUUCCGAAGCAGCUAGUCGAGGACAGUAACUACUCCAGAUUAAGCAAAGAAGUGGCUGAGAGAAGCCAUCAACUGAGGUACAUGAAAGGAAAAGAACUUCAAGAACUGAGUAUUGAAGAGUUGCAGAAGUUAGAGAGAUCACUUGAAACCGGGUUGAGCCGCGUGAUAGACAAAAAGAGUGAGAAAAUCAUGAAAGAGAUUAAUCAACUUCAACAAAAGAGAAUGGAACUCAUGGAAGAGAAUGAGCGCCUAAGACUGCAGAUAUCGAAAGGGAAGAAAAAUAUGAUAGCAGCUGAUUCUGUGAAAAUAGUCGAGGAGGAUGGUCAAUCAUCGGAGUCUGUUACUAACGCAUGUAACUCGAUUGGCCCUCCGCAAGAUUCGGAUAGCUCAGAUACGUCUCUCAAGCUCGGGCUGCCAUACUGAGCUGAAACAAUGGAGCUAAGCUUAUAACUAUUGAUGGAUGGAUGAUUACUUACCAAAUAUGGAUGUUCUAAAAAUAUAUGCCCGUGUGUUAUGUUUGCUCCCUUCUUAUGGAAAAUAUGGAUUUAUGUAUUUGCAAAUUGAAAUGAAGUAAUAGAAAAGGUAUUGUUGCACUGUAUCAAGAAAAAGAGAAUUUCGAUUCGUUGGGACUUGGGCAUUCUAAUAUAAUGUUAAUUAGUGCGUGUUUUCCAG